GCUAUCUCUUUUUUUUCAGAAUUAUUUUUUGUGCCUUCCUUCCCGGAUUUUAUCCCCAAAAGUCAUGGCCUCAACGUCUGAGCAAAGCGAGUCGAAGACGUUGAAAACAUUUACAUUAGCCGAAGUUGCCGGAAAAAACAAGGAAGAGGCGUGUUUGAUUGUGAUACAUGACAAAGUGUACGACGUGAAAAGCUUUCUUGAUGAGCAUCCGGGAGGUGAAGAAGUGCUGCUUGAACAAGCGGGAAAAGUUGCGACGGAGGCCUUUGAAGAUGUGGGACACUCGACUGAUGCGCGGGAUUUGAUGAAGACGUAUUUGGUUGGGGAAAUUACGGAAGAAGAGAAGCAGAGAACCAAAGAGAAGCUAUUGAAAUGGACGAAGGACCCGGUUCCGGAAAGUGGAUGGAAACAAUGGCUGCUUCCGAUGGCAGUCGCCAUCGUGGGUUCCCUGCUCUUCCGACUCUACGCGUCCAGACACGAGGCGAAUUAAGGUGCUCAAACUCGCCGGUCUCCGCUACACACACGCAAAAAAAAAGGAAAUCGAGUGGCUUCCUUGCAUCAUCGGACAUUCCCUGUUUCGUCACAUGGGCAGCUCGUGUAUCUUCUCUUGAGAGCUCAAGAGAUAGUUCUCAAGCGUAGCAAAUCGAUGGGAUUCAAACGCUCUCCGUUCUCUGUUCUUGUGGGUCAGUUGCAUUUUUGUUGCAAACGGGGGAUUAUUAUGUAUACAACGGCCGAGUGCCAUUCAGAAUAAAGGGACUCAGAUCAAAUACGA